UGAUGAGUGUCCAGAGCAUUGUAACUAACUGCUCUGUGCUGGGUAUCUUCAUCUCUCACCCAGUUGUCUCCCUUUCUGUUCUUGUACAUCUUGAAGCUUUGAAAGACCUUGGGUUAUUACUGGAGCUUCCAGAACUCACUGCUCUAGUGGAUGUUUAUGACCAAGCUGUGAGUAUGGUUGAAGGUUUACAGUCUUUCAGCUCAAAACUGCCAAGUUGCCUGUUAGGUUCAGCUCUAUUUGCCAUAAUUUCAAACAGAAAAAGAAAUGGAAACAUUAACCAAAGUAUUUUAUCCCUUCCAGAAAAUUGUCUUCAGUACGUCUUAGAAAUCAUUUCAAUUUAUUCAUCAAUAAACUGGGAUUAUGAAAGAAUUAAGCAACCAAGUCCUAUGUCCCAGCUAUUUAUAGAUGUGGUCAGCAGUAAAAGUGACUUGCUGAUUCAGUUACUGGACCCUGCAUGUCCAGCAUUUGCAACAUUCAGAACUGACCUUGGACUGGGUGGUCAGGUGUGUCCACGUCACACCAGGGAUCUCUUUGUGUUGAGUUUAACAUCCAACAUCCAAGCCGCUGUGCUACUGAAGAACUCAACAAAGAGACUGACGUCUGCUGUGUUUACAGCUUACACACGUGUAGUGGACAGUUGUCAAGUUGAAGGAUCCAAUGAUUUGGAGCUGAAUACAGAAGGCACCCUUUCCCACAUGUGUAAGUGGAUCAAACAGCUGAUUGAUCUGGCCAGUCCAGCUGAACUUCAAGCUAUUUCUGUGCCUCCCUUGAACAACCCAGGCUCACAUGUAGUGCUGUACAGAUACAUCAUUGAGAAAAAGAAAGGCUGGAUCUAGUGAUGCUUGUUUUCUAAAACGUAACAGUAACCUAAUUCAGACACUCAACACUAACCUAAUUCAGACACUCAACAGUAACCUAAUUCAGACACUCAACAGUAAGCUAAUUCAGACACUCAACAGUAACCUAAUUCAGACACUCAGCAGUAACCUAAUUCAGACACUCAACAGUAACCUAAUUCAGACACUCAACAGUAACCUAAUUCAGACACUCAACAGUAAGCUAAUUCAGAUUAUCAACAGUAACCUAAUUCAGACACUCAACAGUAACCUAAUUCAGACACUCAACAGUAACCUAAUUCAGACACUCAACAGUAACCUAAUUCAGACACUCAACAGUAACUUAAUUCAGACAAUCAACAGUAAGCCUACUUUGUUCCCUGGAGAUUGCAGUGGGUACAGCAGAACCAAAAUGUUUAAUCUGCAUGCUGUGGUAACACAAACUCACUCUAUUAUAUGGAUUAAUGGAUUCCAUAUUUUGUGUUUACUGUCGACUUAGGAUUAGAUGCAAGCAGUUAAAAAGAUUUUUUACAACCAUAUAAUGUUAUGAAGAGUCCAGUUUUUGUUAUUUUUACUCUGCCUUUAUUGUGGUUCUACUUAUGUGAUUAAAAUUUCAAAAUACUUUCAAACACGCUAAAUCUUUUCUUUGUCUCAGUCUUAUGCUGAUUGUGCUUUUGUUUGGCAUAAUGUAAUUUACCAAAGGAUACAUUUGCUAUUUUACAGCAUUAUAUUAAGUUUAUACAAGGUUUAUUAU